AACGGCUGACGGCAUUCACGCUGCACAUAGAACCAGGGUCCCAUCAUCAGGGCGUAGUGGGCCAUGCUUACUCGUCCAGCGCGUGAUAUACAGCAGCCUUUCAGUCUCUUUACUUAUUGUUUAUUUUUCAUCCCCUGCUUUUCCUUUUCUCUCUUGUUGUAGUCCCUCAUCUUCCAACAAUGGAAUGAAAAAGAAAGAUAUGUUGUUUUCAUAGUUUCAUAUUCAUUUUAGUCGUUACACUAACAAAAACACACUUUUCCUUUUCCCUCUUCUUCACCUUUUCUUUCUAAAAGCACAACAACAUCAUAUUACUUGGUUGUAUCAUCUUAUUUUAUUGUCCUACUUAAUUUAGAUAAUUUUUAAUUAUUCAACUAAUUCAAUUCAAGUAAGUCCUUUUCUUGAUUCCUUUUUUGGGGUUUUGAUCAUAUUUUUUGUGCAAAGUUUGAGUCUUUAUUCAUGUUUUUGGGUGUUCUAUCAUAUGGGUUUCAUUCUAAUUGUUUUAUUUUUGAUGGGUUUUUUUUCAGGGGUGAUGAAUUUUCUUAUUAAUUAUUAUCCCAGUAAAUUAUGAUAUUCCUAUAUUGUUCAUUUUUAACUGCAAUUAAGUUUUUUUAAUUUUUAUUUUUCACUAUUUUGUCCAAAGUUGUAGUUUUUAUUCAUGUUUUUGGGAGUUCUAUUAAAUGGGUUUCAUACUUUCAUGUUGAUUGUUUUUAGUUUUGAUGGGUUUUUUCAGGGGUGAAUAAUUUUAUUUAGUAUCAUUGUAGUUUGGCUUUGUGAAGUUUGAGUCUUUGUUGAUCUUUUUUUGGGUGUUCUAUUAUAUGGGUUUUUUCUUAAGUUUUUUUAUUUAUUUUUUUUUUUUUUUUGGGUGAGGGGCUUGAAUAAUUUUCUUGUAGAAUGAUUGUAAUUUGGCUGUUUGCUAAAUAUACUUUACUUCUGCUUAAUCUGGCAAUUUGUUUUUUUGUGUAUGUAUUUAUCUAUGCAUUAUGCAUGCAUUUAUGGAAAUUAUUCAUCUUUGAUCUUCUUUUGCAGUGAGAUUAACAACACUAAUUUAGCAAAAUAAUAGAGAUUAAUUAGUUCCCAAGUUUUCAUUUGCAAGUAAGCAGCUUUAGUUUCUUUUAUGUUUGUAAUAGUUCUAAGUUUCAUUAAUAAAAAUUAAAAUGUUUAUUAAUCUAUUCUGAAAUGAAAAAAAAAAAAUCUUUUUUAGUUUUCGUUUUGCUUUGUGUUUUGUGAUAAUAUCUUGCUUUUCUAUUUAUAUGGAUAAGAUGAGAAACAUAUUGGGACACGUUAUAUCAAUUAUUCUAUUUUCUCUUUUCUUUGAUUUGAUGCUUGAGGCCUAAAAAUUGGUUUUAUGGACUGUUAGAUUAUUUACUAAUUACUAUACAUUGAUGUUUGGAUGUUGGCCUACAGAUUAAGAAUUUCACAAUACCCUUGUUAUAUAUUUUUUGCAAAUAUAUAUUGUUAUCAGUUGAUGAUCAUAUAUCUAAUAUGAUAAUCUUGGUUAAAGUGAUUUUGGGUGUUUCCAGUUACAUGGUUUUGGAAGGUGGUUAGAGGUAUUCAUUCGGGUCAUCGGGUUGAUUUCGGUUUAUGUGUUUCAGGUCGGUUUGGAAUCGGGUUUUGUGUCCAUAUUAAUCUUUUACAUAAUGGUUUGGGUUCAAGGUCGGGUAAAUUUCGGUCAUUGGGUCUGUUUUGAACCCCAAUAUGGUGUUUGAUGAUCCUUAAUUGUGUGCAGAACCCUGAUUUACAAUGACAAGGGUGAGUCCUGAGCUUGAUUAUGAGGUGCACAAUGAUGCAGUUCUAUCAGUUUCUGUGGAUGUUAGCUUUCCUUCUAAUGGAUUCCCGAAGUAUAAGAUUGGACCCAAUAAUGAGAUUGUGGAGGAGCCUAAUCGCAAUUCGUAUUCCCCGCCUCUUAAGGAGGUUGUGGUACAAGAAACUCAGCAGCUAACACAGCAACACAACCGUCUUUCUGUUAGAGAUCUUGCAACUAAAUUCGAUAAUAAUCUGUCUGCAGCUGCUAAGCUGUCAGACGAGGCGAAACUCAGGGAUAAACCUUCUUUGGAAGGUCAUGUUCUUUUGAAGAAACUUAGAGAUGCUUUGGAGUUAAUGAAAGGUUGCAUAACCGGCAUAAACAAGGACGAAGUUGAGCAGGCAAUAUCAUUGGUUGAACUUUUGGCAAUUAAGUUGACUCAACAAGAAGGAGAGUUUGUUCAAGAGAAAUUCGAAGUGACGAAGCUAGCAAAUUUUCUUAAGCAGGCUUCGGAAGAUGCUAAAAGAUUGGUAAACCAGGAAAGGUCUUUUGCUUGUGCCGAAAUUGAGAGUGCUAGAGCUGUAGUACAAAGGUUUGGGGAGGCUCUUGAAGAAGAAGAAAAACUAGCUCAAAAUUCAGGAAAGCAGGAUGUCGAGAAAUUGGUGGAGGAAGUUCAGGAAGCCAGACGAAUCAAAAUGAUGCACCAGCCAUGCAAGGUGAUGGACAUGGAACAUGAACUUCGAGCUCUUAGACUUCAACUACGAGAGAAAUCUAUAUUUUCAGCAAAGCUUCAAAAAGAGUUGGCAAUGAGUAAGAGAGCAGAGGAGAGCAGAUUAUGCGUGUACCAGUUGGAAGGUGCUCAAACCUUAGGUUCAUGUAUAAGGAUCCGACCUCGUGCUAAUAAUGCUCCUGAUCUUUUGAAAUGCUCAAUUCAAUGGUACCGUGUAUCGUUUGAGGGUGAUCAUAAAGACAUUAUAUCAGGUGCCAAUAAACCAAUUUAUGCACCUGAACCCUUAGACGUGGGCAAAAUUUUGCAAGCUGAUGUUGUUUCCGAUACUCACACAAUUUCCGUGACAACAGUUUCUGCCAUUGAUCCUGCUCCUGGAUUAACAAGCUACGUGCAAUCACUUCAACGAAGAUCCAAUGCUGAUUUUCAUGUGGUGAUUUCACAGAUGAAUGGACAAGAUUAUCCGUCACAUUCUGUUCACGUGUUUCACGUGGGGAAAUCAAGACUAAAACUCAGUAGAGGAUGGAUAAAUAAGACCAGAGAGUCUUAUUCUAACUCAAUGCAGCUAUGCGGUGUAAGAGGAGGUAACGCUGCUUCAAAAUCCUUGUUUUGGCAAGCAAGGAAGGGACUUUCCUAUGUUUUGACGUUCGAAUCAGAAAGAGAUAGAAACGCUGCCAUUAUGAUCGCCAGAAAAUAUGCUCUCGAUUGCCAUGUUGUACUCGCUGGGCCUGACGAGUGAUGACAGAAACUGAUAGCAAGCCUAACUGAAUCUGAAGCCUUUAUUGAAUCGAAUGCGAGUUUAACCUGAUUUUUUUCUCGAGUUUUUUGUUAUGGCUUUCCUUCGUGGUGUGAUCAUUUUUUGUUGUAUAUUUGUGUCCUUUUAGAUGAAGUAUAGAUGAAUGGCUUGUAUCGAUUGGUACGACUAGUCGGGCUGCAAUCUUAACUUGGGCAGUGUUUUUUAUUUGCCUGAUUUCUGGUUGUAACCUUUCCUAUGAGAUGAAUUAGUCUUUUUAUGAAUGAAUAUGAAUCAAGAGGCCCUUUUCACAA